AGAGAGAGAGAGAGAGGGAGAGAUGUCGACCGCUUCGCUUCGCUCUUCGACGCUGCCGUCGCGGAUCGGCGGGCUCGGAGGAGGCCUCGAGCUCCGGCGAUCUUCUCUCCGCCGGCCGGGCAGUGUCGGUUUCGCCAGGAUUACUUCCCUUUGUAUGGGUCUAAAUAGGAAAAUCCAGACAGCGGUGAAGGCAUCUUCACGAGUUGACAAAUACUCCAAAAGUGAGAUUAUUGUAUCUCCAUCAAUUCUAUCUGCUAAUUUUUCGAAGCUGGGAGAACAGGUGAAAGCUGUGGAGUUGGCAGGAUGUGACUGGAUCCAUGUCGAUGUGAUGGAUGGCCGUUUUGUUCCCAAUAUUACAUUUGGUCCCCUUGUGGUUGCUGCCCUGCGCCCUGUUACAGAUCUUCCUCUGGAUGUUCAUCUGGUUAUUGUGGAACCUGAACAGCGAGUACCAGAUUUCAUCAAGGCUGGAGCUGACAUAGUCAGUGUACAUUGUGAACAAACUGCUACCAUCCACUUGCAUCGCACACUCAACCUAAUUAAAAAUUCGGGAGCUAAAGCUGGAGUUGUCCUGAACCCUGGUACCCCACUAACCGCUAUAGAAUAUGUCCUUGAUGUGGUUGAUCUGGUGUUGAUCAUGUCGGUGAACCCUGGCUUUGGUGGACAAAGCUUUAUCGAGAGCCAAGUGAAGAAAACAUCAGACUUGAGAAGGAUGUGUGUGGAGAAGGGAGUCGACCCAUGGAUCGAAGUAGAUGGUGGAGUCGGCCCAGCCAAUGCGUAUAAGGUCAUUGAAGCUGGAGCAAAUGCUUUAGUUGCUGGUUCUGCAGUCUUCGGUGCUAAAGAUUAUGCGGAAGCUAUCAGAGGAAUCAAAACCAGCAAGAGGCCUGAACCAGUUGCUGUCUAAGCUCUCAGUCUUCCAGUUUAAUUUUUGAUACUGAAUUCUUCACGUCAUGUAUAUCAGCUUUUCACUCCAUCGGAAUUCCUUUCGGUAUUUUAACUAGUUUAGUUGGUCUGGAUUGUGAUUUUUGGUAAAAGACAUAAUAAAUUAGUAGUAGUGAGAAUCACCGACAUGAUAUCUUGACUCAGUGUUAAUAUGGCCAAUAAUGAUAAUUCGCUGUGAAUUUCUUGUCUGUGCUCAGCAUUGGUUCUUCUAAGUUUUGAAUGAACUCUCUCUUUAAUGCGUUCAUAUCACUUCUUUUCAUCCGCAAAAAGAUUGCCAAGGCAGCAGAAUAUUGCAAGCUCAUGACGUCGAAGAUGCUAUUACGUCCUGGUCAAUUCUCUCGGGUGCUGUUAAUCUUAUAAGACUCGCGGAUCAUCCGCCCUGAAAAUAACCUUAUGACGGGGAGUGUACAAUAUGUUACGAGUUGAAUAAUAAAGAUCGUCAUUCAAAGUAAAA